AUGCGCUUCGCCCUCUUCACCCCCCUCCUGGCAGCCCUCCCCCUGGCGUCUGCCCUCUGCCACAACUCCAUCUCCUGUGCCCUCGGCGGCGACAACGUCUGCAAUAACGUCUGCGUGCGCCAGGGCAAUGACAACGGCGGCCGCUGCCUGCCACGCGACGGCUGCCCAGGCUACGACAUCUGCGCGUGCUACCCGCGCAGCAAGCGCAGCGACGAGGUCAUUGACGGCGACGCGCCUUUGCGCGAGGUCCUCAAGGACAUGGGUGUGGAGGAUGUGGUCAACAAGGUGGAUGCGCGCGACGUGAAGCUCGAUAAGCGCAGCAUCUGCUGCAGCUUCCCGGAUCCGUGGGGCGGAUUCUGCUGUGAGGAUCAUUGCUCGUAUAUUGGCAAGCCUGGUGGACAGUGCUCGGAUAAGAAAGUUUGCACUUGCAACUAG